AUGCCGCCUCGUCCCCAGCCGCCACCGGCGGCGUACAAGCACUUCUGCAGAGUCUGCAACAAGGGGUUCACGUGCGGCAGCGCGCUCGGCGGGCACAUGAGGGCCCACGCCGUCGCCGACGACGGCCCGGGCGCCGACGACGACGACGACGAUCCCGUGUCGUCUGCGCGCGGCGGGGAAGAUGGGCCGUCCACGGCAGGAGCAGCGACGACGCACGUCUACGCGCUCCGGGCGAACCCUAACCGCCUCACCAGGGGCUGCCAGGUGUGCAAGAACUGUGGGAAGGAGUUCUCUUCGAUGGAGCUUUUCCUGGAGCACGGCAAGUGCACCUCGGGGGAAGAGGAGGACGCCGACGGAUCGUCGCCUCCGUCCGUGGCCGACGAAGAGGAGGACGCGUCGCUGGCCUCUGGGUGGUCAAAGGGGAAGCGCUCGCGCCGCGCCAAGUCGAUCGCUGGCGGAGGCGAUGAUACAAUGCCCGGGCCGUCGACGGCGCCGUCUGGCGAGGACGAGGAGGAGGACCUGGCAAAUUGCCUCGUUAUGCUCUCGUCGUCCAAGGCCGAUCAGGCUAGCGCCGCCGCCGAGGCCGACCCAGAGCCAUGCGCGCCGGCCAGCAAGGAACACGGGAGAAGGCCUCAUCCACAGCCGCAGCACUUCCCGAUCGUCGUAGCGGCGCCGGAUCAAGCGAUAAUGCUGCCCCUGGCGUUGCCAGCACCGCAACCGCAAUACGCCUCGCCCCUGCCACGCGGCUUGUUCGAGUGCAAGGCAUGCAAGAAGGUGUUCACUUCUCACCAAGCUCUCGGCGGACACCGUGCCAGCCACAAGAAGGUCAAGGGCUGCUUCGCUGCCAACCCCGAGAGCAGCGUCGGUGGAACACCUCACCACCACGCAGCGGCCGCCGGUCCCAGCGAUGAAAAGGGUGAUGCCGCCGCCGUCGAUGUCAUCCACGCAAGUGGCAGCGUUGAUGCCAGGACAAACGCCGAUGCCAGCACCGGUGGCGACACGAACGCCGGGACGAGCGGGGCCACGCCAUCCCUGUCAAUGGCCAUCACGACCACCGACCAUGAACCGCCGGUCGCGGGGUUGGCCAUUGCACCGUUCAAGAAGAAGGCCAAGAUGCACGAGUGCUCCGUGUGCCACCGCCUCUUCGCCUCUGGUCAAGCGCUCGGAGGCCACAAGCGGUGCCACUGGCUCACUUCGGGGACAGGGGAUCACGCCAACAUCACAUCCCUGACAGCCGAAGGCCUGGUCGCCGCUGCCGGCCAGCAGCUCACUCUCCGGCCAAUGAUGGACCCUCCAGAGCCGGCGCUAGACCUCACCAUCGCGGCCAACCCGUUGCCGUUGAUGGCCAGCGCGACGGUCGCCGAGGCCGGAACCAGCUCGCUGCACCUUGACGCGUCCCCGUCGCUCUACUUCCAGCCAGCGGCGGCACCAAGCAAUCCCAGCCACCAGAACAAGAUGGCCGCGACGAGCAGCCACAACGCUAACGACGCUGCUACUCCCCGCGAGGCCGCCGAGGACGAGGCGGACAGCACUGCCGUCAAGAAGCGCCAGCCGGCUUCGGGCCCUCGCCGGCUCGCCUUCGCCCCGUCGGUCUGCCGCCGGCUCCGCACGCCUUGCGCGCCCAUCGCCUGCUCCGGCGCUUGUCGCGUGCGCCGCUGCCGCCUCCCGCGCGUCGGCCGGGUAGCUGCUGCCGAGUCCGCCUCGCCUGGCCGGCCUCCCCCGCGCCAGCUGCUCCUCCGCCCGUCUUCGGCCGCCCCGGGCCCGGCUUCGCCCGUCACCGGCUCCCUCGCGCCCAUAGCCGCCGGCACUGGCGCUCGUCGUGUGCACCGCUGCCGCCUCCCGCGCGCCGGCCGGGUAGAUGCUGCCAAGUCCGCCUCGCCUGGCCAGCCUCCCCCGCGCGGGCUGCUCCUCCGCCUGUUUCCGGCCGCCCCAGGCCCGGCUUUGCCCGUCGCCGGCUCCCUCGCGCCCAUAGCCGCCUGCUCCGGUCCCGCAGCGCCGCUACGGUGCCCCAACGCCUCCCCGCCGGCUCCGCCUCCGACCCGGCCCGCCGCCUCCGCUGCCCACCGCAUCCCGGCCGUCGGCUUCUGCCGUGACCCGGCCGCUGGCUUGGCGUGCCAUCCGACCUCUGCAGCGUCCCGCUCCUACUGA